UGCUUGUAGAGUGCAGUCGAGCAUUUCUGCGCUCGCUCCCGUUUUCAAACUGUUCCUUUCAGUGCGUGUCUUGACAUGUUCCUUUUUACCAGUCCGGCGUAACUAAUUCAACAAUCGAUUGAAUAAAAUUCAAGCAGCUGUUAUCAGGGUUUUCUAAUUUCAUGUGUGGCCUGCUGAGGUGAUGGCUGGUGACUUCUGCAUGCUGGAUAACACAAAAUCUAGAUAGACAGCUGUCGACAUUUUCUCGGGAGAAUAGAAUACAUGAACGCUACAAACCUUCUAGACAUGUUGGAUAAUGGAGUAAUUCUCUGUCAUCUGGCGAAAUUAAUCCAAAAUAGAAUCCAAGAAGCUGUUGACGAUGGUACAGAACCUGGACCCGUUCCAAUAAUGAAAGGAAGGUGUUUCGAGAAUGCGGCUAGACGUAGCUUCUUCUCGAGGGAUAACAUGGACAGAUUUAUACAGUUCUGUCGACAAUUGGGUGUCCAUCAGAAUUUAUUAUUUGAGAGUGAAGACUUAGUGCUACAAAACAACCCGCGCAGUGUGAUCCUAUGUUUGAUGGAGGUGGCACGAUUGGCGUCCAGGUACAACAUAGAGCCACCCGGUCUGGUUGCGUUGGAGAAAGAGAUAGCCGAGGAGGAGUCACAUGACUCGGGCCUCUCUCUCGUCUCCUGGCAGUUUCAGGGUACUGGCACCAUAUCCAAACCUAGCAGACACUCAGGCAGCGACAGUAGGCGUGGCCUGGGGGACAGCGGUGCAGGGGGAGACGACGGUGGCCUGGUGGGGGGUGGGGGAGCCAGUGACGGGGUGCCCUCCGACACGACCGAGGAUGACUGGUCGAGGGGAAGUGGCGAGGAUCCUGACCUCCUAGACAUCACUGACCAUUCGGGUAUCAUCAACACACCGGCUAGAGGGGAUGCUGGCAUGAGUGACCUCGACAGGAAGGUACAACACGCAACCAGAGCAGCACAAAGGCACUGUCACUGUAGGGCAGAUAAAUGCGACAAACUCAGAGUGAAAAAAGUCGGAGAAGGCAGAUACAACAUUGCUGGAAGGAAUGUUUUUGUUAGGUUACUGAAAGGCCGCCACAUGAUGGUGAGGGUUGGUGGUGGUUGGGACACACUGGACCACUUCCUGCAGCGACAUGACCCCUGUCAAAUCAAAGCGAGAUGCUGUACUAAUAAAGCGAGUGGACCUAAUGAAGCACCUCCACAUCCUCCAAAGGCUCCAUGUCAGACACCGGAAUCUGUCAAAGAUAACAAGCCGAAGAAGAGGAAACUGGACUUGACUCGGAGUCAGACUAUUGUGAAGACGAAUCAAGCGGACUCUGAACAGCUGCAGGAAUUAAGUGAAAUGACUGAGAACACCAUCACUAGCACCAUGGAUAUAAGCGAGUCAACCAUCACCACAGAUCUCAAAAAAGACAACGAAAAAGUCUCUUUGAAAAAGAUUGAUCCGCUCAUUCUGUUGUGCUCGGUUUAUCUGUUUCUUCAUGUCGUCACCAAACACAUGCAGUGAAAAAAGAAAGAAAAAAGGAACUGGGAAAAGUCUGGACUUUUCUUUUGAAUUGUGUCUGUUGAUGAUGAUAAAAUUAUCCUGAAAGUAGUCUCCACUAAACCACAAAUAACGUACAACAAUAUCAAUGUGUAUUGAAUAUAAAAAUACUACUACUGAAUAUAAAAAUUUUGAGAUCUAUUAGUCAAGAAUCUAUUGAAUCCAAUAUUCGAAAAGUAUUUGUAGAUAAUAAAAAUUUGCUUGAACAAAAUAAAAAAACCUGGAUUUUCUCCAACUAAAAAAUUCUUCAAAUCUAGUCUUAUUUGAGUUGAAUAGGAUGAAUAAGUAGCCUAGCUAGAAUAUAGAUGUUGAGACAAGUUUAGAACAAAAGAAUGCAUAGAUCUAUCUUCCUUCUCCGUAGAUAAUUUCAAAUAAUAACUUUAUCUCUUCUCAACUGUUUAGUGAAAAAUUGAAACAAAUCAAGUAAAAUAAUCUGAGACAGUCUUUGUCUACACCUUUCCUAGACCCACAAUUUUGUAGGUAGAUAAUAAAAAAACCAACAUUACACUAUUCUCGAUUUAAGCUAUUGUUAAUUGAUCCUACCUGAAACAAUUGUACCUUACUUACUCUAGUUACCUUAAUUCAUAAAAAUGAUCUCUUAUUACAAAUCCAAGUAGUACGGUAUUGUUGUAUCUGUUAAUGAAUUCAUUAUCACGUGAUGCAUAGGAUUUAUCAUUAGAAACACUUCUCCUUUCUGUUAGUGAAUUCAUUAUAACGUGAUGCAUAGGAUUUAUGAAUUAGAAACACUUCUCCUUUAUAUGACUCUCAUGGUGAAAAUCACAGUAACUGUAUAAAAUAGUAAAGAUUAAUGUAACAAAUUACCGUAUAUAAAAACUUCCAAUGAACUUGUAUCAGAUAAUAAAAUUGUAGCUUCAAGAUUUCCUUCAAAUUGUUGAAUACAAAUAUCACUGUGCAAACGAGAUAACUAUUCAUUGUAAACAAAUUAUUAUUAUUCGGCAUCAUUCAUGUAGCUCAAACAAUAGGAUAUUCUUAAUAACUUACAAUAUUUUUAAUCUCUUAUUAGGUUAAAAUUUGUAGUAAAACAUUUUAAAAUAAAAACUAGUACUGUAGUACCUGUUGUUUAGAGCACUCUAUUGUAGACUCAGAUACAAUAUGGCUCAAAGUAAUCUAUAGAUUUUCCUAAUUAUAAAGCUGACCCAGUACAAAAUACCACUACAAACGUUUUACGUUUAAUCUUUCACAAUACUGAAGUUGAAUAUAAUAUGAAAAAUUGUUUAAAAUCGGACCACACAAUAUAUUUAAUUUUAAAGCACCUGAAACUUAACUCAAGGACUAAGCAGAAUGUGAGACUUAAUUGGAUAUUGAUUGAAAAUUAUCUGAUUCAGUUAUUUGUUUUAUUUUAUCAUGUUAAUAUUGAUAAAAGGUAUUUCUAUGUUGGAUGUAAAUGUAUGAUAAUCUAAUGAUAUUCACUGUUGUAGAUUGAUUUAUUAAUAAACUUGUAGUAUACUCUUGUACUGAUAGAUACUUACAAAAAUCAAAACUUUAUGUUAUUAGUGUCAA